AUGACCACAGGCAGAGUCAACCCUUACAGCAUCGUGUCUUCUGAAGAAGACGGGCUGAGGUUGACCACCAUGCCAGGUAUCAACGGCUUUGGCAACGGGAAAAUUCACACCAGGAGGAAAUGCAGGAACAGGUUUGUGAAGAAGAACGGUCAGUGCAACGUGGAGUUCACCAACAUGGACGACAAGCCUCAGAGGUACAUCGCAGACAUGUUCACCACGUGCGUCGACAUCCGCUGGAGGUACAUGCUCCUGCUCUUUUCCCUGGCCUUUCUGGUGUCCUGGUUGUUGUUUGGGUUGAUUUUCUGGCUCAUUGCACUCAUUCAUGGAGACCUAGAAAACCCAGGGGGAGAUGAUACCUUCAAGCCUUGCGUCCUGCAGGUCAAUGGCUUUGUGGCUGCUUUUCUGUUCUCCAUCGAGACCCAAACGACCAUCGGCUACGGCUUCCGCUGCGUGACGGAGGAGUGCCCGCUGGCGGUCUUCAUGGUGGUGGUGCAGUCCAUCGUGGGCUGCAUAAUCGACUCUUUCAUGAUCGGUGCAAUAAUGGCAAAGAUGGCCCGGCCCAAAAAAAGGGCCCAGACAUUACUGUUCAGCCACAACGCGGUAGUGGCGAUGAGAGAUGGAAAACUCUGCCUGAUGUGGAGGGUUGGAAACCUCCGGAAAAGCCACAUCGUGGAAGCCCACGUCCGAGCGCAGCUGAUUAAGCCCCGGAUCACGGAGGAGGGGGAGUACAUUCCGCUCGACCAAAUAGACAUCGACGUGGGCUUCGACAAAGGCUUGGACCGGAUCUUCUUGGUGUCCCCCAUCACCAUUCUCCACGAGAUCAAUGAAGACAGCCCCUUGUUUGGGAUCAGCCGCCAGGAUUUGGAGACAGAUGACUUUGAGAUCGUGGUCAUCUUGGAAGGCAUGGUAGAGGCCACCGCUAUGACGACGCAAGCUCGGAGCUCCUACCUGGCCAGCGAGAUCCUCUGGGGCCACCGCUUUGAGCCUGUCCUGUUUGAGGAGAAAAACCAGUACAAAGUAGACUAUUCCCACUUCCACAAAACCUACGAGGUCCCGUCCACCCCUCGCUGCAGCGCCAAGGACUUGGUGGAGAACAAAUUCCUCCUGCCCAGCACCAACUCCUUCUGCUACGAGAACGAGCUGGCCUUCAUGAGCCGCGACGAGGAAGAGGAAGACGACGACAGUCGGGGUUUGGAGGACCUGAGCCCGGACAACAGGCACGAGUUCGACAGGCUUCAAGCCACGAUAGCGCUGGACCAGCGGUCGUACAGGAGGGAGUCAGAAAUAUGA